UUUUUCUUUCCACAAAACAGAGUCCCCAUCUUCCCACAGAGAGCGUGAUCCUCAGACCUCCACAAUGUCAGCCCCUGCCUCCAGGCCCUGCCUUCCUUAUCUGCUGCUGGCUCUGCUGUUGGGACUCACAGGUGUGGCAGGUGAGACAGAGCUGCAGGUGAUCCAGCCUGAGAAGUCAGUGUCUGUCGCAGCUGGACAGACAGCUACUCUGCGCUGCACCCUGACCUCCCUGCUCCCCAGUGGGCCAGUUGAGUGGUUCAGGGGAACAGGGCCAGCCAGGGAGUUAAUCUUCAGUUUCAGAGGAGGCCACUACCCCCGAGUGACAAAUGUUGCAGACACCACAAAGAGAAACACCACGGACUUUUCCAUCCGCAUCAGUAACAUCACCCCAGCAGACACCGGAACCUACUACUGUGUGAGGUUCCAGAAAGGGACCCCUGAUGUGGAGUUUAAGUCUGGACCAGGCACCCAACUCAUAGUGAGCGCCAAACCCUCUCCCCCCAUGGUGUCGGGUCCCAUGGCCAGGGCCUUGCCAGAGCAGACCAUCAACUUCACCUGCAAGUCCCAUGGCUUCUCCCCCAAAAACAUCACCCUGAGAUGGUUCAAAAACGGGAAUGAGCUGGCAGCCCUCCAGACCACCGUGGACCCAGAGGGAAACAGCACUUCUUACAGCAUCUCCAGCACAACCAGGCUGGUGCUGGCCCCGGGGGACGUUCGCUCCCAGGUCAUCUGCGAGGUGACCCACGUGACCCUGCAGGGGGGCCCUCCUCUUCGUGGGACUGCCAACUUGUCUGAGGUCCUCCGAGUUCCACCCAUCUUGGUGGUUUCCCAGCAAUGCAUUGCAGAGAACCAGGUGAAGGUCACGUGCCAAGCAAUGAAGUUCUACCCCCAGCGCCUACAGCUGACCUGGUUGGAGAACGGAAACGUGUCCCGAACAGAAAUGACCUCAAGCAUCACAGAGAACAAGGAUGGGAUCUUUAACUGGAUUAGCUGGCUUCUGGUGAAUUUAUCUGCCCUCACAGAGGAGAUGGUGCUCACCUGCAAGGUGAAGCAUGAUGGCCAGUGGGUGGUCACCAAAAGCCAUAUACUGGAGACCUCUGCCCACCAAAAAGGCCAGUGUACAGAUGGAAACUCUGACCCAGAGCUGUCUACGCUACCCCUGGUAGCUGUCACUCUGGGCCCAAAGCUGCUGCUGCUCAUCACUGUCUCUGCCAUCUAUGCCCACAGAAAGAGAAGAUCUGACUGUAAGUUGUGGGUCAGGGAUGGCAAGCAAAUUUCAGUCCCAGAAGGAGCCAGGUCAGGAAGAUGGGCAACGCACAGGUCACACAAGGUGUCCCAGGAGGAAAAUAGCACCAAGGACAUAGGAGACACAUGGGGAACAUUUCUGGAAUGAUGAGCAGAUAAUUAACUGUGGUGAACAUGGGUCCUACGGCACCUACCUUCCUCCCCUGCUACAUGCCACCCUCAGUGUCUGCUGCCUCCUUCCUUCCCUGAGAGAUCCAGCCUAAGAGAAGGAACAACUAGAAGCUUCCACAACAACCCUGCUCCAAAUGCCUUGCUUCCCCCAGAGACCCAGCUGCCCACACCUCCUGCUGCUCCUUCUCAGAGUCUUUGAUGCUCCCAGAGCUGGGUCUUCAUAUCAGAUCCUCAGCAGGGGCCAUGGGAACUUGCUCUGGGGACUGAUGCAGAGACUUGUGAGAAACAAGUCACAUCUACACAGACCAGGUAUCUCUCAUCCAUCUCCUGGAGACUGUGGCCACGAACUACACACUUAUGUCCAUGCUUUCAGGAGUUAUUCCUGCCAAGCCCCAGCCUCCCCAGCCUUGGUUAGGUUCUCCAUUGGGUCUUAAUAGAAACCAUCCGAGGUAUCUUAUGGUUUUUGGUGCUAUUGUAAAUGGAAUCAUUUCCCUAAUUUCUCUUUCUACGGUUGCAUUGUUAGUGUAUAAGAAAGCAACUGAUUUCUG